CCUAAGGGAAGAUAGAAGAGUACUUUGAUCCAGACCAGUCUGUUGGCUGCCUUCUUAUUGAAUUAAACCAUUACCCACAGCACCAUCCCAUCCCAUUUCAUCCCACUUUGCAGGCCCGUCUGCCCACUCAGUCAUACUACCUCACUAUAUUUAAGAUAACAUUAGGCCCGUCCCCAUGCCCCUUCAACUUUAACUUUUAGAAACUUAUCAUUCUCAAUUUCUCCUCUCAUUCUAUCGCACCUUCCUCUUUCACUUAGCCAAACAAGAAGUGCUAAAAAUGGAUGCGCAACCCAGGACCGCUCAGAACUUGUCCUUUGUCCUCGAAGGGAUUCAUAAGAUCAAAUUCGAAGACCGACCAAUCCCUGAGCUGAGAGAUGCUCAUGACGUUCUUGUGAAUGUCAGGUUUACCGGUAUUUGCGGUAGUGACGUUCACUACUGGGAACAUGGCUCAAUUGGUCAAUUUGUCGUCAAAGAUCCUAUGGUACUAGGACACGAAUCCUCUGGCGUAAUCAGCAAGGUCGGCUCGGCUGUUACAACAUUAAAGGUGGGGGAUCACGUUGCUAUGGAGCCUGGUAUACCGUGUCGCCGGUGUGAGCCCUGUAAGGCAGGCAAGUAUAACCUAUGCGAAAAAAUGGCCUUCGCCGCAACGCCACCGUACGACGGUACGCUAGCCAAGUACUAUGUUUUACCCGAGGACUUCUGCUACAAGCUUCCUGAAAACAUCAAUCUUCAAGAGGCUGCAGUGAUGGAGCCUCUCAGUGUCGCUGUGCAUAUUGUAAAGCAAGCGAACGUUGCGCCAGGACAAUCAGUGGUAGUCUUCGGUGCCGGGCCGGUGGGAUUAUUGUGCUGCGCGGUGGCUAGGGCUUUUGGCUCCCCGAAGGUCAUCGCUGUGGACAUCCAAAAAGGAAGGCUGGAAUUUGCGAAGAAAUAUGCUGCAACAGCAACCUUCGAACCCAGCAAGGUUCCUGCGUUAGAAAAUGCAAACCGAAUUGUCAAUGAAAAUGAUCUCGGCCCUGGAGCGGAUAUCGUUAUUGACGCAUCAGGUGCUGAGCCCUCAGUUCAUACAGGCAUUCAUGUCCUUCGUCCCGGUGGCACUUACGUGCAAGGUGGUAUGGGAAAAAAUGAAAUCACAUUUCCCAUCAUGGCGGCUUGCACGAAAGAAUUGAAUGUCAGGGGCAGUUUCCGUUACGGCAGCGGUGAUUAUAAGCUUGCAGUUAACCUAGUAGCUUCAGGAAAGGUUAGCGUAAAGGAACUAAUCACCGGAGUCGUCAAUUUUGAAGACGCGGAACAAGCUUUUCAAGAAGUCAAAGCUGGGAAGGGUAUCAAGACACUUAUUGCUGGCGUUGAUGUAUAAAUUCUAUUCGGAAAUGAUUAGAUAUGACAUAAGAAAAUCUAAUCUGUUAUUAUUUUACUUUA